AUGUCGACCUGUGUGGGGUUUCCCAGCCUUUCAGGCGAUCCAACGGGGCUUGUGAAUCUCAGUGCGGGGGCCGCCGACCCCGAGCUCGCGUCCUCAUCCUCCAAAGAGGAUCGGCCUAGACCGGGGGAUGAGGAGGCCUGCGAGCCCGGCUUUUUUGAGGAUGCCGGGCUGUGUGAGGACCUUCUACGUCGUCUGGGCUCCGAAUUGCCGGCGGAUAAGACGGUAUUGUUGCCUUCUGUGGGCCAGGAGCCGGAUGGCGUGGCGGGCCUCGUGGAACGGUUCGCCAAGGUGCUCGACCGCUAUCAGGAGAAUCCGUAUUUACUUCACCCCUACUUGGAGGGGAUGGUGGGGCCUUUGGUAGGGCUGGUUCUGCGUUAUUUACCACCCGCGACAGAGGGGUGGGGGGGGUUGGAUGUGCUCGGCCAGACGGAGCCGUGGGAUCCCAACCUCGGCCGCGAUCACGCGAAGGAUUCCGCUCAGCAGGCCUGCACGGAUAGGGGGGUAAACUGCUCCCACGAAGACGCCCUCCUUCUCGAGCCCAACGCCUUGGGGCAGAACUUUGAUAUGUUCGAUAUGGAUGCCCCGAAAACACCCCUUCACUUAGUCUGCCGAGCGCUCUAUGCCUUAGUUAAGACGGCGGGGGAAAAGAACACCACUAGCCACUUUCCUAGCGAGGUGCGCUAUUAUGAGGAUGUUUUCUACGCGCUUCAGCUGUGGAAGGCGGAUCCGCUCCGACUGCGCGAGUGGGAGGUGCGCUACUGCCUGCUUUUAUGGCUCUCCAACCUUAUUUUAGUCCCUUUUGACCUAAACAGCAUCGAUUCCAAGCAACUAACCGCCUCCCACGGCAAUCCACCCUGCGGGGAAGGGGAUUCUCCGGGCGAAGGGGGUUCUUUGUCGGAUGCGGUCCUGACAACGGCGAUUUCUUUUCUGGGCGACGCCUCGAAAUGUCGGGAGGGGGCGGCGUUGGUGAUCGCGCGGCUGCUCACGCGCCCGGACAGCCAUCGCCAUCGUCGCGUGUUCUUUUCCUACGCUCAGGCAAUCCUGACCGCCGGUCUUCCCCAACCGGACCCCCUUUCAACGCCCUCUGAGCUGGGCCUUACGAUCCCGGAGGGGGCUUUUCUUCGGCGCCUUUUGGUGGAACCCCCGCCGGGGAUUGGCGGGGCGACUUCGCGCCCAACGGUCGGCGAAGUCCGCGGGUUGAACGUUCCCGGGGUGCUUUUGGCGGUGGCGAAGACCCUCAAACUCGGCCAGCGGCUGGAGAUGCUGCCCUAUACCGCGGCGUUGUUGUCCAGUGUGGGGCGGCUUUUUGGGCAUCAUCGGGGGGAUUCGCUGUGGUGUAAAACCGCGAUGAAAGUGGGUCAGCGAUUAUGUCUUUGUAUGCUGCGGAAUCGUCUGGCCUCGUGGCGGUAUCAUCGGCGGGAUAUCACCUCCCUCGCGGCGAACCUUGGCGAAAAAGCCCAUUCUGAGGGCGGGGGCGGGCCUCCUGACGGGGAUUUCACCUCCGACGACGUGGACGCGAUUGAGGGGGAUGCCGCCGCGUUGGAGGAGGGGAUUGGGCUGCUGUUGGAGGGGCUGGGGCAUAAAGAUACCGUCGUGCGGUGGAGCGCCGCGAAAGGGAUCGGGCGGGUUUGCGAGCGUCUGCCGGCGGACUUUUCAAACGAGGUGGUGCUCUCGGUCUACGACGUCUUCGCGGCGGUCGAUCGGGAUGCGCACUGGCAUGGGGGGCUUUUGGCCCUCGCGGAGCUCUGUCGGCGGGGGUUGGUCGACCCCUCCUGCCUCCCCCGCGCCGUGGGAUUUAUUCGCGAGGGGCUUUCGUUUGAUUUGAGUAAAGGCACCUACAGCGUGGGGGCGCACGUGCGGGAUGCCGCGUGUUAUGCGUGUUGGUCCAUCCCGCGGGCCUACGAUGCGGCGGAUGUGGAGCCGCACGUGCGGACCCUCAGCACCCAUCUCGUCGCCACGGCGCUUUUCGAUCGCGAGGUCAACGUUCGACGGGCCGCCGCGGCGGCUUUUCAGGAAUGCGUCGGCCGCCUCGGAAGCUUCCCAUCGGGGAUUUUGCUGGUCACCUUGAUGGAUUUCUUUUCGCUGGCCUCGUUAAAGAACGCGUACGGCGGGGUGGCGCCGCAAAUCGCGACCCACGACACCUAUCGCCCUAGGAUGUUGGAGGUGUUGAUGGGGGCAAAGGUGAAUCACUGGGAUCGGGCGGUCCGGCAGUGCGCCGCGACCGCCCUUGGGGAGAUUGUUCUUUUGGAGGAUUAUUCUACCUUUGAGGACGUCUUGACGGAGCUGCACGGGCGGGUGGUGGACCCGUUGUUGGCGACUCGCCACGGUGCGGUGCUCGCCCUCAGCGGGAUCGUUCGGAAGCGGCCUCGCGAGGCCUGGUCGAGCCGGCAGUGCGAGGAGAUCGCGCAGGUGUUGGGGCGGCUGGACGCAGGGCAUUUUUUUCGCUCUCGCGGUGGGGAGUACCUUCGCCAGGCGGUUUGUCAACUUCUUCAAGCCUGCGCGGAGAGCGGCCUACCCCUCCCGGAGUUUGUCAGCGUGACCAAACUGAGCGGGGAGCGCGGCAAGGCGCGCACCCUGGCAAAGAUUCAAGAGUUCCUGGAGGAUUCCUGGCGUAAUAUCCUUGUUUGGGUUCAGGACGCCGCGGCAGAGGCCUUCCAUGUGAUCGCGCGCGCCUACUAUACUGAGUUUCAGCCCAAGUUUCAUGGAAAGGUGAUGGAAAAAAUACUCGAGACGUGCUCAACAGAGAAAGGCCAUCCGUUGGAGCGUCGGGGCUUCUUGGCUGGUUUAGGUGGGCUUCCCCUUAGUUUGCUGACCGCAUCACGGCCGAAUUCAAAUUCGUCAUUUCAAGCGGCGCCCUAUUAUGUGUCGGUGCUUGAGGUGCUUUGCGAGGUCGUGCGCGGCACUCGGGCGGGGCUCAGCGAUCCAGAGCUCGACGACGUCGAGGCCCGCCGCAAUGCCGUCCAGUCGCUUGGACGAGUCAUGACAACCCUCCAACCCGACGUCGAUAUCGGGAUGGCGCGCUACCGGCAGGUCGUUGAGGUACUUUUGGCGGCAUUGCACGAUUACGCAGUGGACAAGCGCGGGGAUGUAGGUUCCUUUGUGCGUUUGGAGGCCUUGAAUGCCCUGCCGGCGGUCGUAUUUGCUGGUCUUUCUCGAACGCUUUCACAAGGCUCGCCGCCGUGGUGCGACGCAUCGCUGUUAGGGCGCGUUUUGCAGAAUAUCAUACGGGUGAUGAUGGAGAAAUUAGAUCGCGUCCGUGGGGUGGCGCUGGCGACGCUGAUCCGUCUAUUCGGUUCUCCGGAAACCCCCCCACCGGUCGAUUUGGUAGACGCCAUAGACUCCAACAAGCUCGGGAUUGCUGACGAAGCGGUGGUAUCGGAGACGCGGGUUGUACAGAGACUGGUUAUGCGCGCGCAGCGUGAGAACUGGACUUCUCCUCAGGAAGUUUUAAUUCCUUUUGGGGUCGAAUUACUCCAGCGCUGCCCCACGCUUUAUGCACAGUCAACCAUGGAAGGAUUGGUACUAUCGGCAGGGGAUCUUUCCGCUCAUGUCAGCGGACCUGGGCUCGAGGCUUUACUUCUCUCUUUUGGACCUGCCAGCGACGACGCACACGAGGAGCGUCGACAUCGUCUUUCGGCGAGUUUGAUUGAGGUCGCCACGACGCAUAGCCAUGUUGAGCGCGUCUUAGUUCCCUUGAGCCGCGUUCUAAACAGCUUACUGAAUGCAGGGGUCUUUUCAGACAUUCAACACUCGGCUCUGAUUACGAUACUACGGCAGGAGUUUAAACACUUCGCGACGACGAUUACAGUGCUUUUUGUUCUCGUGAGUUUACUGGGGAACCUAUGCCAUAUUGCGGAUUCGGUUUCUCGCAACGAUGCCUGGUCUCUGGCGCUUGUUGUGAUUGCGAGUCGUUAUCCGAAAGUGCGCAGUAAGAUGGCGACGGAAUUCUAUACGGCUCUUUUAGUCUGGACGUCCACCGUCUGGUCCUUAUCCGACGCGGAUUCAACGUUGGAUGUGGGAAAGGAGCGCGAUAGCUGCUUGCGCGCCAUGAAGCAUCUUCUUUCCACCCAGUGGGAUGGUGCGGAGGCGAACAAGGUGCGGCAGGCUCGAAACGCGCUCUGUGAAAUGCUUGGAAUUCCUUCAUUAGCUCCUGUAGGUCUUGCAAAAUGUGAGACCAACACCAAGCCAUUGCGUCGUGAGAUUGUGGCUGGUACCUACUUUGAUUUAGUACACGAGGCCGGGUAUUAA